CAAACAGACAGUGUUUAUCAUGGUGUAUAACACCUGGUGGUGCAACAACUAGAGUAUGAAGUGAGCAUCUCUGCUCUGAGUGUCUCCAUCUCCACCUCCACCUCCACCUCCACCGGGUCCUCUCUCUGCCUCGCAGCCGCAGACAUGCCUCUGUCUCUGGGCUGGCUCUCCGCUGUGGCCGCGGGUGUUUUCUCCGCUCAUGUUCUGCAGAAACUCUGCUUCCCAUACUUCUGGAGAGACUUCUUCUUCUUGCUCAAAGUGGUCUGGUACGGAGCGCAUCUGGAGCUGAGCAACCUGACCUCCAGAGUGGUCACGGUUCUGGACCGGUUCGUCCAGCAGGCUCACCGCAUCCCGGACAAACCUUUCGUUAUCUACGACGGUGCGGUCCACACGUACCGGGACGUGGAGCGACGCAGCAACCGGCUGGCCAACGUGUUCCUGGAGAGAGUGAAGCUGAGGAGAGGAGACUGUGUGGCGCUGCUGAUGAGCAACGAGCCCGACUUCCUGUGCGUCUGGUUCGGCUUGGUGAAGGUCGGCUGCUCGGUGGCUUUCCUCAACACCAACAUCAAGUCCAAGUCUCUGCUGCACUGCUUCAACUGCUGUGGAGCCAAAACUCUCAUUGUUGGAGCAGAUUUAGUGGAAUGUCUGGACGGCAUCCUACCCAGCCUGCUGGAGGACAACAUCCAGGUGUGGUCCAUGAAGAGCCAAAGCGAGCACACGCAGGUGCACACUCUGUUGGAUAAGAUCGAUGCUGCGUCUGACAAGCCCGUACCAGCAGCGUUACGCGCCGCCACGUCCCUCAGAUCCGCCACUCUUUACAUCUUCACCUCUGGAACAACUGGGCUCCCGAAGGCUGCAGUGAUCACUCACCUCCAGAGCUUGAAGGCAGCAGCAGGAUUUUGGGUGUUUGGAGCGACUGAAAAUGACGUGAUGUACAUCCCUCUGCCGCUCUACCACAGCGCAGCUUCCUUGAUCGGUAUCGGAGGAACCAUAGAGCUGGGUGCGACCUGCGUCUUGAAAAAAAAGUUCUCAGCCUCCCAGUUCUGGAACGACUGUAGAAAACACAACGUUACGGUUUUCCAGUAUAUCGGUGAACUCUGCCGAUAUCUCUGCAACCAGCCUAAGAGAGAGGAGGAUAAAGUUCACAAGGUGCGGAUGGGAGUCGGGAACGGACUGCGGCAGGACGUCUGGCGGGAGUUCCAGAAUCGCUUUGGAGACGUUAAGAUGCGCGAGGUGUACGGCUCCACUGAAGGAAACCUGUGUUUCAUGAACCACAUCGGCAAGAUUGGAACUGUGGGACGCUCCAAUUUCUUCUACAGGCUCCUGUUCAAGUAUGAUCUGAUAAAGUACGACAUGGAGAAAGAUGAACUAGUGAAAGAUGUGCAUGGUUUCUGUCAGCGAGUGGAAAAAGGUGAGACGGGGCUUUUACUGUCCAAGGUGAGCGCCACCAGUCCGUUCUUUGGCUACGCCGGAAGCAAGCAGCUGACUGAAAAGAAGCUAAUUCGAAAUGUGUUCGUGAAGGAAGACGCCUACUUUAACACGGGCGACCUCAUGUCUGAAGACCAGGACGGCUUCAUCUAUUUCAGAGACAGAGUGGGAGACACCUUCAGGUGGAAGGGUGAAAACGUAGCAACGACGGAGGUAACGGAGAUUCUCGGGCAGGUGGAUUUUAUCCAAGAAGUCAAUGUGUAUGGGGUGGAAAUACCAGGGUUCGAGGGCAGAGCAGGUAUGGCUGCCAUGAUUGUGAGACCAGAACUCACAUUCGAUGGGAAGAAACUGUUUGAGCAUGUGAUGAAGGAAAUCCCAGCGUACGCUCGUCCACUCUUCAUAAGGCUUCAGGAGUUCAUGGAAAUGACGAGCACCUUCAAGCAGCAGAAGUUCCAGCUGGUCCAGAGCGGCUUCAACCCUUUAACAAUCUCUGAUCUCCUCUACGUGUUGGACUACCAGCAGCAGAACUACAUUCCUCUAACAGACAGUAUCUACCAGAGCAUCCUCGCCGGAGAUCGUAAGCUAUAGAACUCUCAACGGAUGUGGUGACGCAGCUCGGAGCAAUGAGCAAAGAGGGAUAGAAAUGAGCUCUUGCCAGUGAGUCUACAAUCAUGUUCGAUGAUUCACUGAGGUCGUCUAGUUAGUGAAUAAGAGGAUCGUGAGUUGAUCGUAUGUGCGUGACCAGUUCACAAAACAUUGGAUAAAUAAUAUGAACCUGAACGUAUCACUGUGAAACAACAACCCGCACCCUCGACUGAAACAAUGUGUUCGUUACUGUAACCAGAAAGCCCUUCAUUUAUCCAUCCAUUUGAUGAAAACACCGUAAAUAAAAGCCCGUAAUAAAUUAAUUCAGUAGAUUUUAAUGGGCUUUUCUCUUCAUUAAUAGUAUGUUUAAGGUGUUUUUAAGGUUGGUUUACGUUCUAAAAUAUUUUCAGAUGCAAAUGAAGGAUUCUUCUUCAGUAUUUAAUAGGUUUACUCAGAUUUAUGGAUACAUUAAUAAUGUUAAAUGAAUGAACUGUAAUAUAUGAAGUGGUUUUUAAUGGUCUUUUUGCAUGGAUUAAGAGGGUAAACUGACAAUUGAUAGUCCCCUUAAAAUGCCUUAAUUACAUUCAGUGCUAAAGGAUAAAUUAAUGGGGUAUAAAAUAUUAUAGUGUAUUGAAAAAGAAGAUUCACAGAUGUGGUUUGGAACUUACAAACAAAAAUAAAUGGUUCACAGAUAGCAAUUUUUCUGACACCUGUCGAACUGCUUAAAAUGUCUUUGUGAAUUUUUUCAAACAAGAUCAACAAAUUUAUAUAUAUAUAUUUUAUGUGGACCAAUCACGGCGCACAUUGUAUGUGUUUGUUCAAUUCAUAUUAUUUAUGAAACAAAAAUAAUUGUAGAUUGUCUUGGUGGAGAGGGAUUUUGAAUAUGAAAAGACCAAAAGUGCCCAGAUGUUUAGCCUAUCAAAUGUUUUUUUUUCAAUUCUGUGAAAGUUCUGAUUCCGUGAUUUAUUUAUUUUAAUUUCUAUUCCUUUUUUGUCUUUUUAUUAUUAAUUCACAUGUGUUGAUAAAUUGUAUUUAUAGACAUGUUUCAUGCUCGGGGAACUUUCCUGGGUCACAUGUUUACUAAGAAGUCCACUAACGUAAAAGGUCUUAACUGAACCUUUACAAUAUGUGCAGGGGAUUAGAAACAUCAACCACAAUAAGCUUGUUUUUUUUUCCACCAACUUCAGAGUGUCUAAGUGAUUUAUAUCAACAGCUAAUUUCAGUAUAUUAGCACAGUUAUAUGACUAUAACUGAGAUGAAAGACAAUAUUUGUAAUAUUCUAGAAAAUAAACACUUAACAGUGACUGAA